GUCCCUUUCAGCCUGCUCCCAGCCACUGCCAGCCUCCACAUGAAGGGAAGAAGAAAUCAUCCAUUGGUCUGAUUUUAUCAGUGAAGUCUCAAAGUUCUCCACCUCGAAGCCAUGGGAAAUGGCAACAAUCCACUAGGUCACCUGGUCCUUCCUCCUCCUGCUGCUGCAAGAUCCUUUGCUACAGAACAUGCCCAAGUUCAUUCUCUAACUGCUUGGAAAUGUCCCAGAUGAGGAAGCUCCCAGUGCUUCCCUUGGGAGACUAUUCUAUGGGCUAAUUAGUCCAGGAAUGGUAUCCAGCCUUCACUCCACUCCCCAAUCCUGUAUGUGGUACAGCAUUAAUCACCCCAUGGCCAGAUGUGGAUUGUUUAGACCUGCGGGGAGGCUGAUAGCACAACCAUGAUCUUGUGGUGUCCGGGAAACAGAUGUUUCUCUGAAUACAGUGGGAGAUGUGGGGGAGCCAAGUGGGGUGAACAACCGGGGGAAUGGGCCAAGAGAUGGGGAGGGGAGAUCUCUGUAAUUGAGAGCUCUCACAUUAGCAACCUGGCUUGUGCCACCACACACAUUUUCUCUAGUCAGAUGCGGUGGAUCAAUUGUUCCCUGGCUAUUUAGCACCUGGCACAUUUGAAGCCCUGCAGCUAUGCUCAGAGUGGGCAAGUGAUCAGCUUCCUUUGGUCAGCUGAGGGCUGUCAUUUGUUCCUUGGCAACUGGACUGGAAUAGCCGGAGGAGGAAGGUGCUCUAAACAGGUACUGUCUUGUACUGCUCUGAGGUGGCCUGGAGUUAACGGGACAGAGAAAGACCAUCCGUCUGUCAGCAGUGGGGUGUCCAUGCCAGGGACAAGGAGGGGAGGCACCAAUUUGGUAAAUGGAAAUAAUUGAAUUAGUGGCUCUCAGCUGCAUGCUGCUUGGGAUGCGGUUGCAGACCAAACUCCACCCGAGCGCAAGGGCACUCUCCAAGCUCCAGGGAAGUGACCCAAGCACAUUCAAAGGCUUUCAGGAAGGGACCCUGAAGGCAGAUGGCGUGGUGUGGCAGUUCAGAAAGAGACAACUACAAGAGACAGACAGAUCCUUGUGGCUCCCUGUGACUAGGGGACUCUCUGGGGAAAGGCCCUCAAGCGGCUUGCUGGCUCUGAGGCCUGUGUUCAGUUCUGGAGAAACUCUCUAGCCCAGCGGAGCCAGCUGAGAGAAGUAAGCCUGAGUCACUGCAAAGCCUCAUUUUUCACUGAGAAUAGCCCUCGCCAUGGAAAGGAAGGGCAAUUCUUUGUAUGAUGAUCAAGCAAACCUGAAUGAUUGGCCCCUGGACCCAGCCCUCUCUAGAAUGCUGGGAGCCCCAGAAGUCCAGGUAGCUAUGGCACGUCGUUAUAACAGCACAAAGAUUGAUACCAAACAGUCCGCAAGGCUCUCGUGUGCUCCCUAAGGUGCUGGCACAUUUCAUCUUGGGGACAUUAAGAAUUUAAGCUGCACUAACCAAAUGGUGCAAAGACCUAGUUCCUCAGGCUCCAGACACUGUAGUCCUUAGCUGUAGCCAUCCCAGCGCUUUGAGGCAUGUUUCCACAGGCAUUGUUUUCCUGGUCACAUUCCCAUUCCUUUGUCCCCAGAUGUGUCUGCCCCAUAGACUUGGGCUGCAUCUGGGUCUUGCCCUAGCCAGCCUAAACCACAUUCUCUACUGCUUGCUGCUUUUUGGUCUCCCAUCUCUAGUCACAAACACCUCGGGGGCUGUAGCUGCACCCACGCCCUGGCCUCUGACUGCUCCCAGGCCUUUGCCUCUGUAAUCCAGUGACCUCUGUUCUCAGCUUCUGGUUCCUCUAGCCAACCAUGCUCUUGGUCCUCUAUUCAUACUCCUGAGUUUCUUCUCCCUCUGCUCCAAUGAGCUCUGGUCUCCACUGUCUCUUGUCUUCCUUUCUAGUCACCAAUAGUUCUUUCUGUCGAACACACUGUUAUUAGUUGCUUUUUUAACUCUUCCUGCAAAUCCACAAGAGCAAAAUUAAUACCGUAACUGUUGGAGAAGCUGAGCAAAAUCCAACUGUUCUUGACUGGAAAGCUUGGGGCUCUCCCUCCAUAGUGAACAUGAUACCAUGUAAAGUGGAGGUAGCUUCAGAUGUCUCAUUUGGCUCAGCUGGAAUCUUGUUGGCAGUUCUUCCUGUCUCCUAUUUAGAGAGAGCUCUGUGAACGCCUCUUGUAGGUGAGACAGCUUUUCCGGGUCACUGCUAGGGAGCCAUUAGUGGGAAUAUUUACUUGGAAAUUCAAUCCUGGCUCAUGCUCCCCUCUAAUUGAGUGAAGAGUUUCUUUGAAGUGAAGAAGUUAAUUUAGUGUCUGAAUGGGGGAGGGGAAAGGAGGGCCUUGGAAAAGAGGCUUCAGGUAAGAAGUUUCUUUAUUUCACACCUGCUGGAGACAAGUGGAUGAUCAGAGACUCUGUCUGCAGUUCUCCUCCUAUAUGGACACACCUGGGAAAGUCCAGACCAGCUCUAGGUUUCACUGGAUUUGUCUGGGUCAGCAGAGACCCCUCCCUGACCACCACAGUAAUUUAAUUGGAACCUCUCAUUAGUUUUUGGUGCAGGAAAGAGAGCAAGGCGAGGACCAGUCUCCACUUUGUUCCUGGACAUACCUGGAUUAACAGAGAUAGUUCAAAUCCACCAGUACACCUGAACUCACCUGUCCAAGACUCAGCCAUUUCUGCAGAUCUCUGAAUCACUCCGUGCAGGUGCAGCAGUUCUGCUCGUGUCCCUAGUGGAGGAUGUUCAGCUCAGAAUAUGUGGUGUCCUCACUCCCAGCUGCAUCUCACUUCUACAGCCCUGCUUUCUCAGCCCAGCUCACAUCCACUCCUGUCUGCAGUCUCUUCCUCCCAGCUCCCCUUUUCAGCUACCAGCUCUUCCAGCCCUGCAGCCCUCCAGAGCCCUGCAAACAAGCACUACUGCUGGCGAGCCAAGGCGCAGGUUUGGGGGAGCAGGGAGACUUCUCAGAGGAAGCUCGCCCGCAGAAGCAGAGACGCACCCGAGCCAAUUACAGCAGCUGGCAGCUGGAGGAGCUGGAAUCAGCCUUUGAGACCACACACUACCCUGACGUCUUCAUGAGGGAGGCCCUAGCCCUCCGGCUAGACCUGAUACAGGCCAGGGUUCAGGUUUGGUUCCAGAACCGCAGAGCGAAGCUGAGGAGACAACUGAAACUUCAGGGACGAGCUCUGGACCGAGCCCUCGCUAGGGACUCGUCUGCCUCAGAACACAAGAAGCCCCAAGCCCCCCAGAAAAUGGAAGGUUCAAGUAAGAGCUCUAGAGUUGGAACACUGGAAGGAGACCCAGAUCAGUGGCCAAGCACUGGCUCUGAAGGGGAGCCUCCUCCUGGACCUCCCCUGUACAGCGGAGCUGAGGCCACCGCGGGGGACAAGGCCAGAGGAAAUUUGCUCCUGCAGCACCCCCAACUUGUGGGUCAAGGCACAAGAGCAUGAGGCUGAAAGUGACUCCGCCCCCACCCUGCAGCUCAGGAGCAGCCUGACUCAGAACCAGACCCAGCAGGGCUCUGGGAACACACAAAUAGUGCCUGAAACUGAUCCUGACAUGAGUCCCCCUUCCCGUACCUCUCCAGCCUCAGCCUUGGACCUUCGCUCCCAAACAAACACUGCAACCAUUUCUUCAGGGAAUGGAGCAGGGAACAUCAGGAGCAUUAUAGGGGCUUCCCAAGCCCACCGAGAGCCAUUGCCCAGCCUUAUCCAUCUCUGAGCACCGUUGGUGCCUCCCUAUUUGGUAGCUGUUGCCUGAACUUCUUUUCUCCGAUUGGCGUCUGCAUUACACUUCUCAGCACCUGCACUCAACUGGGACAACAACCUGUGCAGAGACUCUGGGUCUAAAAUACCCUAGUUAGAAUCCUUCCAUAUUUAAGCAGGGACAGACCCAUCCCCUGCUCCAGGCUUAUUUCUCAGGAUCCCUUCACUAGAACACAUGCAUUCGCGCAUCAUUAGCAGGAGGAUGUUGCCUCUCUACUCUGGGUUGUCUUCUUCAGAUUAGGCUAUUUUUGUCAGAGACUCUGAUCCAGUGAGCCUGUGUUUGGUAGGGUUGCCAGUUUUGAUUGGAUGUAUUCUUGGAGGUUUCAUCACAUGACAUAAUCUUUAAUUAAAGAUUAAUCUUUAAUUCCUGGAGACUCCAGGGCAAUCCUGGGUGUUUUAGCUGGGUCCUUGAGGCCCUUCUGCAAUAGAAUGGGGGCCCUGAGCGGUGUGACAGUGCAGAAGUGUGAAGCAUGCAGACUCCUGAUCUUCACACUAUAGCAAGGCUUUUGGGACCAUGUGGAGUACUCACCCUCUAUCCAGAGCCAGGUAGGGUAACCAGAUAUCCUGAUAUUAUCAGGCCCGUCCCAUUACUAGGGGCUUUGUUUUAUAUACGCAACCAUACCUCCCUGUGGGGAAAAAAAGUAUCCUGAUUUUUCACA